AUGAUCAUUCCGGACCAAAUGGUCAUUUUGCCCAAAAGAAAAUCAAACGGGAAAUCCUGGAAAGAGGAUCAAGUUGCUGCUGUUACAGAACGAAACCGAUGUUGGUGGAAGAUAGUAGAGGCGACGUUACCUAAAGUUCAGAAAUUAAGUAACAUGAUUCUCAAAAAAGAGCAGGAGGAUGAAGAUGCUACAACUCCAACAUCCUUUACUCAUAGAAGUUUUCUUCCAUUCUUGAUGACUGUUUUAUGGGAUGAUUCUGAGCAGAAGGAAGAGGGAGAUGGCGAACAUAAAAGGGGCUUUUUAAGACUCAAAACACUCGCUCACUCAGUGCUCUAUAGCAUCGAUCCGGCGACCUGGCCUCACCUUCAGAAAGCCCAAAUACAUGCUCGCCCCGUUUUUGACGCUCAGAAACGAUCAAGGGAAAGCGCCUUGCAACUACAGUAUUUAAGCUCUGAACAAAUUUCAGCAACACGAGCUCCUUCAAUAUCUCCUGUUUUCUAUUUCUAUACACAUUAUAUUUUAAAAUUGGUAAGAGCAAGGGAAGCAAAGCUUAAUCUGGGUUGUGGAGAAGGAGAAGGGAAUCUGCUUGAAGGGUGGGGCAUCCAUAUACAUUUCCCAGCAGAGUAG